AUGCGUAUGUUUGCGCCAUCCGCACUCCCAACAAACCGACAGGCGUGGCGCAUGGCUUUGGACGGUGCGGGAAAUCUCAUUGCACCGCAUAUGCUCAAUACGGACCAAAGGCAGACGUACGAUAGGGUAAUGUUCCAGAUGGAUGUGCAUAGAGCCGUUCUUCGCGGUACGGGCUUCUACAAAGUGCUAUCCAGAGAGACAAACGGCUUGGGCAUUGGCGCUCUGCCUAGUAUGUGUUACAGACUGUAUGAUGACCGUUACUUAAUGCAGUGCAUCAUCGAGGAGGCCGGGUACCAUCAGAGAAAGCGCUUUCGCGAGUAUUUGAUGGGUCGUGAGCUCAACAUUGGUCUCAUCAUCGGCCCACCAGGAUCCGGAAAGACAACCUUCGGAGCUGCAGCAGCCCUGGCGAUGCAGGUUCAGCUCGGCCAGAUUCUGUGUUCUGGUCCCUCACAUGCGUCGAUAGAUAUUUUUGCCCAUCGCCUGGACCAGAGAGCACGAGCGGUAGCCGCAAGAUACAACACGGUCAUGCCUGCGGGCGAUGCAGAGAGAUGCCACCAUCGCCUUGUCAUCCGAAUUUACAGGCCUGGCGACGAAAUCAACGCCGUUACCCAGCUAUUGAGGGACCCUCAGGAUGUUGAUUGGGCUGCCCGUAGGGGUGAGUUCUCCCCAGAAAGUCACUGGAAGCUACAUCUUUCUUUAGCGUACUGGUUCUUGGUAGUCCUGCGCUCGAACGCCGUACCACCGCUCCACGUAGACUCUAAGCCAGGACUAGUAAAUCUCAAGGCCGAUAUCGACACACGCCCCGCUCUGUUGCAUCUACGUCAGUGGGCGACUGGGCAGAUCAGUUCGCAGCAAUACGCCGCCACCCCCGGCGCUGUUUCCAAUAUUGAUGAUGUGUUGUGUGAAAUUAUGUGCCAGGCCGACAUUCUCUGUGUGCAUCCUUCCGAUGCUGAAGUCUCACCUAUCACUCAUUGGAAGAGAAUUCUUGCCCGAGGCCUUGCAGUUGAUGAAGCUGGCAGCAUGAGCCGAGCCGACUUCUACGGCCUCUGGGGGAAUACCCUUCUUCCCUGCUUCCUUGUUGGCGACCCUAAUAAGAACCCUGUGGUGCUUACAACCGAUGAGAAGGAUGCCGAUGGCAACUUAUAUAACCGUUUCGCGGCAAAUGGUGCCGUUUCGCCUCUGAAAUUUCUUAUGGCAACUGGCAUCCCCGUCUUCCGCUUGGAGGAUUCUACGCGGCGCUAA